AUGCUGGGCGAGGAUCGGGAUUCGUCGGAAGAUGCAAAUGGAUCGUGCCCCGCCUGGAAAUUACGCUGCAGCGUGGCCAGGUGCCCCUACAGGACGAAUAGGCCCUUCAACCUGGCGCGUCAUGAGGAGUCCCACACCGUCAUUACAGAACCCAAGCUGUACAGAUGCCCCGCUUGCGUCUACAGCACCGACAAGGCGUCGAAUCUGAAACGGCACGUGUCCCUCAAGCAUCCCGGGUCCAAGGAGCGCCUUCCUGAAGUGCCGCACCAGCAUCGCAAUGCCAAGAUGCAGUGCCAGGUGAUGGGCUGCAGAUACGAGACGAAUCGCCCCUACGACCUUAAGCGCCACUUGAUGGUGCACAACAAUCCGGAGAAGAGCCACAGGACAUUUAAAUGCUCCCUUUGCACCUACAGCUCGGACAGAAAGGCUAACCUCAAGCGGCACCACGAGCUACGGCACUCGGGCAUAGAGGAGGCCAUACAAACUGCGGAGGAACUGCGCCAGGAGUUGUUGCUGGAGAAACAAAUGCUGAAGGAACAACAACUAAGAGAUCAGAUCACAGAGAAGCAGGAGUUGAAGAAUCGAAAGUUAAGGGACCAAAAGCAGAAGGUGCAGAUGCUGAGGGAUCAGCAGUUGAAACAACGGCAGAAAAAGCAACAGAUGCUGGACGACCAGAUUAUUGAAGUUCCUAUGCUGAAAAAGCAGAUGGAGCACGCAAGUAUCCCAAAGAACAAGGUAAUGCCAGUACUGCCAAAAGCAAAAGAAGCAAUUGUCAGCAGUGUGAUAGAGGCACAUGCCAAAAAUGAACACGAGGAAGAAAAUGUGGAAUAUGUCUACGAGGAAGUGCAGGAGGAGCAGCCACCCAUCAUCACCAUUUGCAAGCCGCAGAUUCUCCAUGGAGACCUCAGCGAUAAGCACGUUAUUGCUGUCAAUGUUAAUGGCCAGCUGCGAUGGUUCCAGUCAAUAGAUCCGCCGCCAGGAGCUCCUACAAAAAUAGACUUGCCCAUGAAGAACCCCACAAUUUCCGCCCAGCAGCAAAUGGACGAAUUGGACGAUGAGUUGGCCCUGUCCCUUGCCGAGGAAGAUCGGCAGGAUGAAUUUCUCGAGCGAAUGCUGAGCGAAGAGAAACCAGCCGAAGAAACACAGUCACCGACGCCAGAACUGGCUUGGAGUUGGAGUACGCCGGAUGCGGUACAUCACAUUAGUCCCACAAUGGAAAUCAAGGAGGAGCUUAGACCUGACGAUGCAUAUACAGAUAAGGAUUUUCCAGAUUGGUGGGAUGAUGGCAAGUACACAAAGAUGCACAGGAACCAAAUAUUUGCGAAUCACUCGAAGAAACCGUCGCAGGCGAAUGUGCAGCGCAUCCUGCGCAUAAUCUAUGAUGUUUAUUACAAACCCUUCAAGGAAGAUCGCAAGCAGUUUGAGGCAUUUCAAAUUAAGGACUCCUGGCUGUGCGCAACUCGAAUGACUCGCAUGCAGAUAAUCAAGGACAUGUACUCUAAACAGGGCACGUGAAGUCAAAUUUGA